CUAAAGGAUCAGGUGAUCCACUAAACUACGAAGCGAAGGCUGACUGGGGAAAAUGCAAAAUGACAUAUAGCAAAUGUCGGAGCAUAAUUCAUUCACAUUUUUCGGCUCUUAUUCGGACUUAAAACGCACCGCUGGAGCUCCAAUGUAACGAUGGCUCGUUAGGGCUGGUGGCGCAACUGCGAUUUUUUUGGGAUAUUUUAAUUUAUGAAAAAUCACAUUCACAGACAAAUAUUGGUUUCAACAUGGGGCUGUGCUACAGUUUGCGUCCCCGGCUCUUCGGGGACCUGAGCGGGUCUAUCUCCAACGCUACCUCGGACUCGGACCAGCCUCCGGACGCCGCCGUGCCGACCCGCGCCGGGGGAGCUCGCCAGGAGGACACCGGGGGAUGCGGGGAGAGCUCGUCGCUACGCGGCGGCGGCGGCGGCCCGGUGCGCCCCGGGGACCCUGCCAGGCUCCCGGCCGGGGAGCACCGCCGUGGAGACACCGGUACCGACGGUGUGCUCAUACAAAACGGUGGCGGCGGAGGUGGUGGUGGUGGCGGCGGUGGAGGUGGAGGAGGCAGCGGGAAGGGGACAGGGAAGGACCGCGGCCGACGCUUACCGCUGCUUCAAAAGGCAAGCACCCAAAAGCAGAAAAACUGGGACAAAUUGCUGGUGGAGGAGAAGGAGGCCGAGAAGGAGGCGAAGAAAGUCAGUAAGAAUAUUGACAGGGCGCUGAAGGAGCUCAAACGGGAGUAUAAACAGACGCAUCGGCUGCUGCUGCUCGAGAAAAGAAACAGAAAAUCCAAGAUAUUCGGAAAAACGUGAAGGAUGCCAUAGUGACUAUAGUGUCUGCGAUGAGCACUUUAAUACCCCCAGUCCCGCUAGCCAACCCAGAGGACCAAUUCAGAAUCGAAUACAUCAAAAGCAUAGCACCUCUCUCUGACUUUGACUACUCACAGGAGUUCUUUGAUCACGCGAAGAAGCUGUGGGACGACGAAGGAGUGAAGGCAUGCUUCGAGAGGUCCAAUGAGUACCAGCUCAUCGACUGUGCACAAUAUUUCCUGGACAGAAUUGACUCCGUAAGACAGAACGACUACACACCAACGGACCAGGACCUGCUACGCUGCCGAGUGUUAACUUCAGGGAUUUUCGAGACGAGGUUCCAAGUAGACAAAGUGAACUUUCACAUGUUUGAUGUUGGGGGCCAGAGAGAUGAAAGGAGAAAAUGGAUCCAGUGCUUUAACGACGUCACUGCUAUCAUCUUUGUGGUGGCCAGCAGCAGCUACAACAUGGUAAUAAGGGAAGACAAUAACACCAACAGGCUACGGGAAGCCCUGGACCUCUUCCGCAGUAUUUGGAACAACAGAUGGUUACGCACUAUAUCGGUCAUAUUAUUCCUGAACAAGCAGGACAUGCUGGCUGAGAAAGUAUUAGCUGGAAAAUCCAAAAUUGAAGACUACUUCCCCGAAUAUGCUCGCUACACCAUACCAAAUGAAGCAACUCCUGAACCUGGUGAAGACCCCAGAGUGACGAGAGCUAAGUUCUUCAUCCGAGACGAGUUUCUUCGGAUCAGCACUGCGAGUGGCGACGGCAGACACUACUGCUACCCCCACUUCACCUGCGCCGUGGACACAGAGAACAUCCGGCGGGUGUUCAACGACUGCCGGGACAUCAUCCAGAGAAUGCACCUGCGGCAGUACGAACUCUUGUGAUGGGAGACCGCCUCCGUCAGCCUUCUGUGUUUUUCUCCACCAUUCUGCAUCCUUGACGAACCCUUCCUCCUCCUCCUCUUCCUCCUCCCUCUUCCAAUCCUCCUCCCUUACCCCUCACCCCCUUCCUCCUCCCCCUCCCAAAGAAACCCUCAACAAACCCCCCUGACCACCCCUCCUGUCGAGGACUAUGAAGUACUACUGAAGUGUGUCAAAUCCUCUUCCUCUUCUUAACUUCUUAGCUUUUUGUACUUCUUUAUUUUUUUUUCUCUCUCUCUGAGACCGAUUCAUCCCCAUUUCACCGACGUGAAAGGAAGGUUGGGGAACAAAGUUGUUGCGUGCCGCUUACUUUUAUUUUUUCUUUUUCAUCUUUUUUCUUUUUAAUCCUUCCUUUUGAAUGCCUUGAUUUUUGUCAUUCCACUAAGCCUUGGGCUACCUCCUGUUUUUUGUUUUUUUGUUGCCCCUUUGUGUCCUUCUGUUUCUCGGCUUUGUCAUUGGACCUGGACUGAUGGGUGUGGAUACAUUCAACACACCUGCAGGACCUCAGUGUAGAGGCAGUGUGUGUUAACGUGUGCGUGCAACGAAGAGAAGGAGGAAAUGCCAUGUGAGCGAGCGCAUGCGUGUGUGUUUAUGUUUGUGUGUCACCUGCCGGUUAAAGCCGGCAUCACCACCAUGACCUUUGCCCUUUGACCUUUUUUUUUUUAUUAUUAUUUUAAAUUUUAUUUUUUUUUUGCCCCGUCACCCCCUCUGACCUGCUUCUCCUCUCCGCGUGGAAGACGACUGGACGGCGACGACACCGGAGAGCGACGGGGGAGCGGACGAGAGGGGAAACCGAGUGGAUGAAGAGAUAAAUGCACUUUGCAUCAGGUUCCUUAAUAACUUUUUUUUUUUUUUUUUUUCUUUUCGUUGUUGUUGUUGUUGUUUUUUCUUCCAGAGAGAACAUAAC